CCCCAGAGCGCGCUCAGGAACCUCUCGGACAAACUCUACGAGAAGCGGAAGCACGCGGCGCUGGAGGUGGAGCAGCGCACGAGGCUCAUCGUCGAGGCGAACGACCCGUCGCGACUCGACGCGCUCGUUCGCCUGCUCGUGAACAAGUACGCCAAGUCAGCCUCAGCGAACCACCGCAAGGGCGGGCUCAUCGGCCUCGCCGCGAUGACCGUGGGGCUCGCCUCGGCCUCGGACGCGGCGUCCUCCAAGCGCGCGCUCGACGCGAUCGUGCCGCCGGUGUUGACCGCGCUCACGGAUUUCGACGACCGCGUGAGAUAUUACGCCUGCGAGGCGCUCUAUAACAUCGCGAAGGCGACGCGCGAGCGGUUCUUGCGUUACUUGAACCCCGUGUUCACGGAGCUGUGUAAGCUCAGCGCGGACGCCGACGCGAACGUGCAAAACGCGGCGAGUCUGUUGGACCGCCUCCUGAAGGACAUCGUCGCCGAGAGCGGGGAGUUUGACUUGCGCGAUUUCGCGCCGCUCAUCGUCGAGCGAAUCGGAAGCGUGAACCCGCACGUGCGGACGUUCCUGAUCGGAUGGAUAACCACCCUGGACAGCGUCCCGGACAUCGACGUCCUCGCGCACGUGCCGAUGUUCUUAGACGGUCUGCUGAAGAUGUUAUCCGAUCCGAACCGAGAGAUUCGCACGCGCGCGGAUGCCGCGCUGAGCGAGUUUUUACUGGAGGCGCGCGCGGGCGGGGAUCGAUGGGCGAGAGGCGCGGACGACGUCCUCUCCGCGGUGACGCCCUGCUGCUCGCACGCGGAACCGCGCGUCCGCGAGCUCGCCGUCGAGACUUCCAGCGCGCUGUUGACAGCGACCGUGGCCGCGCUGAAGCUCGCCCCCGAAGCGAGCGCCGGCGCGCGUUUGAACGUGAAGGGCGUCUCUCGCGCGUUGCUCGGCGCCGUCGGCGCGGGCGCGGGCGUGCGCACGAGACUGGAAGCCCUGCGGUGGUACCGCACGCUGCUCCGCACGUCCCCCGGGGUGUUCCGCGGGAUGAUCGUGGAGAGAGACGACGGCGACGGCGACGGCGACGGCGACGACGGCGGCGACGCGACGCUGGAGACGCUGCUCGCGUCGCUGUCGCACGAGGACGACGACGUCGUGCGAGGCGCGACGGAGGUUGUCGCCGGCGGAGACGAUUUGCUCACGCGGAGAGGCGCGACGGUGAUCCGAAGGCUGUGCGCCGAGCUCGGCGCGGAGAGAGUCUUCACGAAGACGUCCUCCGUCGUCGUCGCCGCGGCGUCCACCGGGGAGCCGUCCGCGCUCGCGUUCGCGGCGGCGAUGACCGAGGCGUUGAACGUCAUCUUGCUCACGUCCCCGGAGUGCGCGAAGAUGCGCGCGACGCUCGGCGGCGACGACGGCGACGACGCGGCGAAAGCGCUGUUCGCCGCGUUGUAUCCGUGCUGGUGCCACGGCGCCGUCGCGACCGUCGCGCUGUGCCUGCUGUGUGUCGCGGACGCGCACGCGGCGGCGGUGGUGACGUCGCUGUGCGAUCACGAGUCCGAGAUCACGCUGCGCGCGCUCGUGCAGAUCGAUCAACUCGUCAAGUUGAUCGAGUCCCCCGUGUUCGCGCGGCUUCGAAUGCGGUUGUUGACCCCGCGCGCGCACCCGGGCGCGGCGAAGUGUUUGUACGCGCUGUUGAUGGUGCUUCCGCAGAGCGGCGCGUUUCGGACGUUGAAGGGGAGGCUCGACGCGGUCCCC